ACGGGACACACACAACCCAACCAAAGCCAAUGGAAACGGAUAAGGCAAGCAGAAAAGAGAGAACUUGGUCAUACUUGGCUCUAAAAGCUUUCAUCGCUUACUUUACUUUACUCUUUACUUGCACUUCAAGUCUCCAAAUCCUGACCAAAAGAAAUACGAGAUCUUCUCUCUCUCUCCGACUUCUGUUCUUCUUACAAGUACGCAUUAUUCCGUUGAAGAUACAGUUAAGACACACGAAUAUAUUGCUUAAUACAUAAUAACACAGCGAAUACAACACUUUAUUUCCAGAGGAGUCUCAAACUUACAUACACAAAUUCCUGGGCAAUAAGAUCUCUAGUCUCAACUGCAAGUUUUUAGUUCUGUCAGCUCUUCAGUAAAGUUAGGGUGCGCAUAAUAUUACAGUAAAAUACUGCCAAUCUUUUUAGUGACCUUUAACUCAGUCAAUUCUUAAUUAAUCAUCCUCCAAUCCAAUCCAGAUUAAGGAGGAAAAGUCAUUGAAAAUAACAAAAAAACUUUAUCCAUACGUUCAUACAACGAAUUAAGUACUGCAAUUGGUGAACAAGGUGAUAUCCUCUCUCCAAAAAAGAUAAGUGACAGUUGACAAGUGGACGAUUAUUCGUCAAGAAGGCCGCCGCCUCGCCUAAUUGACAGCCAGGUGCCAAGCAGUAGAACUUGAAUUGAUCGCUGUGUGCGGCAUUUGUCAUUAAUAAAAGAAGAGAAAAAGAAUAACAAUUAUCCUCCUGUUACCAACUAGAUCAAGUCGGUGUACUUGUCCUAAUUAGAAUUCAGACCGCAUUAUUAUUAGUAAGAGGAAAAAGUAGGCGAAAAACUUGUUGAACAUUUUCUUGUAGGUUUUUGGGUAAAAAUAUACGCCGCGUGGAUGGUUUGGAAGAAAUCUAAAUCUGUAUAAUAAAGACACGGGAAAGGUUGGUUGGUUUCAGGUUGAGAGGGAAAGUGAGUGAGAUAAUUAGACCUGAGUGGAAUUUCGACUCGGUUGGAAUGCAAAGCAGCAGCUCUCAGAUUUCCAGACUCUUUCCACCUCCACCACUUUCACUACUCUGUAAAGUAAUGUAACAAAGUAGUAGUUGGUCGGUCGAGUUGUUGGAUUUACCUCAGAACAGAAAGAACAAGUCAGAAAUUUGGAAUCCACUCUGGUUGUUGGAUUUUCUUUCAUUUGUUUCAUCUCUCCACCGAAAAAGUUGGACAACGCGUCCGUUUGUGCAGUAGGAGGAGGAGGAUCAACUUUCUGAAAUAUUUGGAAUAGCUGAAGUACAAAGUGAAGAGUGGAGAGGAGAUAAUACAGUAAUAAUUUUGAAGUUCCAGGAGGAAAAUUCCAGGCUUGAUGAUGUGAUGAUGAUAUAAAGUAAAUGUGCAGUAGGAAAAAAAUAUAGAUUAAAAGUGAAAGUGAGUGACGCUAGUAAAUAAAUAAUUAAUUAUCUAUUUAAGACGAAUUAUCAUAAUUUUUUUUAAUACAUAAAUUAUGGAAUGGUAUCAAUCUCAGUAAAAAAGAUGUGAGGACGGAUUUUCCCCUGAAAAAAUCAAGUUGAUGUCAAAAAGAGGUUUGGAAAGUGAUAAGAUGAGCUGCACAGUGAUGUAUCAGCCGUAUGCAAUGUCCUCCUCGAACUAUGGGGUUUGUGAUCGACCACCGGCAGAAAAGAAACCUUUCCGAUUUCCCUACGUCCCAUCCCCACCUGACUCUUUGCAUUCGGACACGUCCUCCUACAGCCCUGGACCUUCAUCGUCCACUGCUGCUGCUGCUGGACCACCACCAAAUCCUACCCACAGUCCCCAGCUAAGCCUCAGCCUCAGCCUGAACAACUCUUCGUCUUCUUCCACAACCGGAAAUGGGAGACGACCUUUGACCCCGCUCCUGGGCCUGGUUGGACCAACAUUCUCCUCCCCGUCGUCCUCCGCCCCGGCCACGAUCACGUCGGCGACACAAUUACUGCAAAUCCAACAGCAGCAGCAACAGCAACACCAUUCUCUUGGGGGAAGGUCCCCACAUAAUUCCAUGCACCGUCAGCACCACUCCCACUCCCACAGUUCCUCGUCCACUGCGACGUCCAACUCGUCCUCCUCCUCCGCCUCGGCCACGAUCACUAGUCACACCCACCCCCACCCCGCACACCUGCUGGAUCAUCCCAACACGGACGGGGGCGAACCGUCUCAGCAGCAGCAGCAGCAAAGCAACAAUGAUAACAAUGACCAGCAACAGCAAGUUGGGAACGGUGGGGGUGGUGGGGGGAACCGGGUACAGUACUUAUCUGCGAAUUGCAUCGUGUAUGAAAACUACCGAGAAGAGACGGCACGCGUGGUGGAGGAUCACUUCAACCGAGCCUUGAGUGCAGCCACGUCGACGAAAUGCUCGCCAAUGUCCACGCGGAACUUUCCUCCUUCAUUUUGGAACUCGAACUACCAACCACAACCGUCGAGUUCGAAGCAGCCUUUCGUAAAUAUGGGUGGUUACAGCGCAAGCGACUUUUACGGGGCUGCCGUUGACUAUGCUGGAUCCACCCUUUCUGGUCUGGGGCAUCAUCACCAUCACCAAGCCGACCCCUGGCACUACCCUUUGACCUCGCAUCAUCAAGGGUAUCAUCGCGCCACGGACUUGUCUCCGUACCCUCCCAUGCCUUCCACUUCCAGAUUUAAUGCAGCUCAAUACGGGAGCUUUUUUCUCGCCGGGGCUGCCGCUACGAGUUCAGCAGCGAGCCGAUUUGCCACUGGGGCCGGACAGUGUGGGGCUAAUUUGAAGGGGGACAGCACCUCUUGGUCGUCCGGGCUGUAUCAUCAUCCCCACGAAGCCAUUUCUGAACUCAACCUGGCAGAUUAUGCGGCAGCAGCACAUUACACGAAUAGGACUGCGGCAGGUUUGGAGACAACUGCCGUGGGUCAAGAGGCGUCUGGUAAUAAGGAUCCUUACUGGUUCUAAAAAGGGGCAAUUUACAUUACAUAAUUAGUUAAAUACAUACAUAUAUUCCCACUGCAGUUACAUUACAUAAUUUGUAGUUAGUUAUAUUAUAUUUUAAAAUAUCUUCUAAGUAAAAAAACCGUCGGCUAGUUUUUGUAUCGUAUCUGUAUCAUAAUAAAUGUGUGAGUUAUGUAAAAAGUGGAAUAAUUUAGAACAGUGAGGUCGUCUUCGUCGUCGUCGUUUCGUCAUGAUGAGAUUUGUUGAGGAGUCGCAUCAGCCAGCAUGUCAGGAUGAUGAAUGUCACCCGAUGAGGAAGAAUGUCACGUAAAUUCACAUCCAUUACUCCCUCAGAGAAGAGACCAAGACGACGAGAGUGAAGUCAACAUGUCAACAAAAGAAGAAAACCUUUCUUUCUCUUAAAAUGAGAAAAGAAGACGAGAUGAGACCAUCCUCAUUUUAGGGGACUCAAUUUCUGUCUUUAUUUUAGUCUCUCUUUUUCUGGGGGCAGCUCAAUUUCUGUAGAAAAUCAAUCAUCAUCAUCAUCCAAAGCUUGGAAAGUUUGAGUUCUUGAGAAAAUAGCAAAAGUGAGUGAAACAUCAAGAGCUAUUUACUUAAGUAAUUUAAAUUUUGGGUGAUUAGGAUUCCGUUAAAAAAAUACGUAUUAGAUGAAUAACGUUAUUUUAAGACUUUUGAAAUUAAAUGAUCAAAAUCUGCUUAUAUUUUCUCUUAAUAAAAAUAUUUAAGUUAUUAUGCAUCUUGUCACUUUCUUCUUUAAGAAAAUUAUGUAUGUAAAUAGACAACUUAAUGAGAAAGGUUCCUACACAAUGAAUUUAACGUACAUACAACAUACACAAUAGCAAGAUUACAAUGUAAAUAUAUAAUUGUCGGAUAUAAUAACGUAUUUAAGUAAUUAUUGUGUUCUUGGUAAAAAAAAUAGUCACAAUUUUCAAUAUCGCAGUCUUUUUUUAUUUUUAUGAAAGUCAGUCGAGUGUUUCAUUUUUGAUGUAUUUCCAUAUACUAAAAUCAGUACUUAGGUAGGUUCUGAGUAGCAGUCUUUAAGUACCAUAAAUUAAAUAUGUAACACUAAAUAUAAUGCAUACAUAUAUUUAGUCUUGGCUGGCACUAACUAACAAUUUCGCCACAGAGUACUCGCUAAUCAAAUCAUUCAGCUGAUUUACUGAAUUUACCGCUGUUAACUAGAGCUAGUCAACCAAAUGCCAAUAAUAAACGUGGUUAAUUAAUACAUACACAACCCUACCGGACAAAGUCAUUUUGAACAAUAAAUUAUUAAAUGUAGUGUUCCACACACAA